UUAAUCAUCUUUUCUUUGCUCUAAAAAGAUUCAAUAAUAAACAAAACCAUUAGAUGGCAUAGUAAAUGCGUUUGAUAUGGAAUAAAGAAACAAAUAUUUUUCUCAAAUAACUUUUAUAAAAGAUUACAAAUCAGGAUAUAUGCCUAUCGAAAUACAACGUUAAUAAGAAAUAGAAUUAGAUAAAAUGAAUACUUAACAAUAGAAAAUUUCAGUAAAGCAUUUUAUUAGAUAAAAAUAGUCCCAAAACAUUAAUUUAAAAAGAACUUGUGGAGUUUCUUAUGUGAAAAUGCCUGAAUCAAAAUAACAUAAUGUAUCUGAUAUAUAUAAGCCUUUACCUUAAUUAGUUUUCUAAUGUUCAAAUGGACAACCGAAAUAAUUAUAAUAUGAAGAGUAUUAUUAAUGUGUUUUCGAAUUUUUAUUUUAAAGUAAUUAAAUGCUACUUUGUACUAUGUUUGAAUCUGAAGAUGAAAAUGCUAUGAGAAAUUAUUUAAUAUAUCCAAAUUAAAGAUGGUAAAUUUCUGGAGGUAAAUAUUUUAUUGUUUAAAAUAUUAAAGAUAUGUGGCCUCUUUUUGUUGAAAAACAUUUCCUUUGUAUCCAUUUUAUUUUCGAUGAAAAAUACUUAAUGAAAACUCCAUAAAUAAAGCAUUUUACAAUUGAAGAAGUUCAAGAAAUUAUUAAAUUUAGUGAUAUGCAUCUUGGUUUUAUUUUUAAGAAAAGUAUUAAUGGUAAAAAGUCUUUCAUAAAAACUUUAGGAAGCGCAUAUAUAGAAGGAGAAAAUAAAUAAACUCAAAAAAAUUAAGAUAAUAAAGAAGAAAAAUAAGAAAAUUAGUAAUAAAUACAAGAAAAUGAAAAAUAAUAAGAAAUAAAAUAAAAACUAAAAAAUAUAGAAAAGAAAGGAAAAAAAUAUGAAGAAAAACAAAAAAAUAAUAAAUAUAGUAGUACUUUAAUUAUUACAAAUAAUAAAUAAACUCCAAAUAAUAAUAUUAAUAAUUCUUCUAAUAAUGAAACUGAAGUAGAUUAAAAUACAACAUAAGAUGUGAAAAAAGACGAAAAGAAAUUAAUUUGUUAAGAAAUUGUUGAUUAUAUAUAAAAAGAUUAAACCAAAAAAAAUAUUAAUACACUAUCAGUUAAGUAAUAAAAUAUAAAUAUAUAAUAAUAUUUUUUUAAAAAAAAAACAAAAAGAUUCGAAUUAUAUAUAGAUGAAAUUCAAUGGAAAAAAAGUUCCUAAUUAAUAAAAAGUCUUUUAAGUACAUUUAUAUUAUACGCAAAAGAUGAAGUCGAAAAAUUAGCCUUAGAAAUGAUGAAUAUAAGAAUCCGAACAUAGAAAGAAAACGAUAUAAAACUAUUAAGUAAUACGUUAAAUAACAUAAGAUAAAUAUAUAUAAGUAAUCCAUAUUAAAAUAAUUAUAUUUAUAUCCCUAACAAAAAAAAUUGGUAUUUCAACGAAAACAUUUUAAAAGAAAUAUCAAAUUUAAACACACAAAAAUAAUACCAAUAAUAAUAAUUAAUAAUAAUAACUUUACGCCUAAACUAAAGUAAAGAUUUAUAAAUUCCUACUUACUAUAUUUCUACUAGAGAUUCCUUUGCAUUUGAUCUUUAUGAAGUUUAAAAAGUGGUUAAUUUUGAAGGUAGAAAAUACACUUAAAUUGAUUAUUAUUUCGAUCCUAAAAAUUACCCAAGUAACUUCGCAUCUUUUUUACCCAAUUUUAAAGACUAUAGAGUUGGUUGUACUUUAUUCAAGGACUUUUUUACUCACGAAGAAAUGAUAGAUAUUGAAAACGAGACAUACAAAACAGAAAUUAAAUGUUUUUAAAGACAUUAUUUCCCUAUGACAGCUUAAGUAACAUGUACAGCAGAAAAAAUAAGAAGAACAAAAUUUUUUUUCGGAUCAAGAUAUAUGUGGACUAAAAUGUAAUUAGCUGAACCUCAUUCAUAUGUAGGAGCAGGGGUAAGGUAAGAUGUUUCUGAAACUCCAUUAUGGAUCAAAAAAAAAGUUGUUUAAAAAUUAGAAAAUGCAAAUAUAUUACCAAAAAAAUUUAUAAAUUCUUUAGCUUUAAAUGUAUACCAUGACGGUAAUGAAGGUUUAGCUUAACAUUUUGAUGAUGCAACACGUUUUAUGCAACCUAUUUUUACAUUCAAAUUAUUUUCAGAUGCUAGAUUAUCCUUUGGAAGUUAAUUUUAUGGUUUUUGUAAUUCUGCCUUUGUUAUCCCUAUGCCAAGAGGAUCUAUUUUAAAAUUAGAAGAAAAUUCUUAUGCAGCAAACGGUAUUAAGCAUUGUGUAAGACCUUGUGAUAUGACUGGAAAAAAUGCCACAAUAAUUAUGAGAUAAAUGCACCAUAAAGUAGUUAAAGAAGCAGAAAUUUAUGAUGAAAAUAUAGAUUUACCUAAUUGGUUUUCAACUCUUUCAGCAAAAGAAAAUUCAGUACCAUAUGGAGAAUAAAAAAGAAUAGAAGCAGAAUUUUUAUAAAGAUGA